AUGUCAGUAAAUCAAAUGGAUCAAAACCCCUUGUUACUGAAAAUUCAGAGGAUCGUAAAUGGAAUGCCAGAGAAUGAAGGACCGUUACUAAAUGGACUAGAUUCUAUUUUUCCUCUCAUGACAAACAACUAUAUUAGCAAUCGCAGAACCCUUCGUAGCAAUUUGGAAAAAAUCCAGUUAAGUUACUAUCAAGACCUUCUAACAUCGUUUGGUAAUGUUAAGAAGGGUCUAGACUCUUUAGAUACUUGUAUAAACAGUAUUUUAGAAACAUGUCUUCGAAUGAAUGGAACAUUGACUUCUGUUAAAUCGGAGACGGUGUGUUUAAUAGAAGAAGCACAAAAAUUGAGAUCUGAUAGCAAAGUGGCGGAGAUCAAAGCUUAUUUGCUGGAACUGUUAGUUGGCUCAUACCAAAUCUCUGCAAAAGACGCACAUAUAUUGUCCUCUAAAAUUAGCGACACAGAUGAUACAUUUUUUUCAGCUCUUUUACAUGGCAAAGAAAUAAAAAAUAUGUGUAAAGAUUUAUUGCAGUCAAACGAAUUAUCGUUCAGCUGCUCACUGAUGAAUGAAGCAACAGAAAUUUUGGACAAAGCAUAUGAAAAUCUUUAUGAGUGGGCUCAAAAUGAAUGCAUGAAACAAGUUCAAGAAACACCUGAGAUAUCUCCAUAUCUUCAACGUGCUUUGUCCGAGUUACAAAAUAAACCAGUUCUUCUAAAGUACUCUCUUGAUGAAUACGCUAGUGCUCGUCGCAAAGCUUCCGUUAAAUCUUUUCUUGAUGUUCUCACAGUUGAACUUGACUCGAAUUCCACUGUCGGAAAUCAUUCUGAUGGCACAGUUUAUACAAUGCACAUAAGAGAGAAAUCACGUGAUCAUGUGCGACUUGUGAGUGAUAUACUUGCUUGUGUUCAUCAAAUUACAGCCUCGGAGAAAGAGUAUAUAAAUAGUUUAUGCAAGAACUGUCACGAUACACUAAUUACAGACUUGAAGAUCAUUUGUUUGGAUACAAUUACCGAGAGUUUAUGCUCUCACCUCAAAUUGAAAAUGGAAAACAUGUUGGUAUCUCAUCAUGAUGCCGUUACACUAUAUAAAAUGAAUAAUAUCAUGAGAUUUUAUCAACAUACAUUUAGAUCACUGAUUAAAUCUACUGCCUCGCUCAAUUUAUGCCUAGAUGAAGUUCAGAAGCUCUGUAAAAGGCUAUUACUAAACACUCUCAAACAAUUUGUCAAACAAACUCUAGAACAACCUGACCAUCCAAACUUAAACUUAUCUCCGAAUGAACUAAUCACUGACACUCUACAAUUACUUAUCCAAAUGGUCGGUGAUCAAGAUAUUUCAUUACUGCCAAACGAUGAAGUAAAAGUCGAACGUGCAGAGGUAAUCGAUUGUUUGGUAUCUCCUUUGAUCACUUACUGCGAGAAGUCUGCUAGUUUACUCAACUUUAAUUCACUAUCGCACUUAAGGCAUCUAGAUGACCAACUACCCACUAACCCACCUGAUAACCCUUCAGUAUCAAUAUACCUAGUCAACUGUUUUAAUGCUAUUCAGGUUAGUCUUUCAGGGAUUCCCUCUAGUGCUAGUCAAGUAGAACAAGUUGCACUGAAAUUAGACAACUGUCUGAAUUCACUGGUUGUUGCACAAGUUUCCUUCAUACUUGAAAGGACAGGUCUUUUGUCAAUAAACCAAAGACUUGGCACUGUUCAGGAUCCUAAUGUUCCCCAGUACACGAUAUCCGAAUUUCAUGACAUGUUGGUGGAUUUCAAUAAAUAUUUAUCGAAUCCAGACAAACUAUGCCUUACUGACAUGAACAAAAUAUGUUCCCAACAGUUACGAAGGCUGGUUCGUCGUCGUUCUGCUGACCAGAUUCAUAGUUACUACCAAUCUGUUCACCAAGCAAUCAUGAAUGUAACCGAAACUUGUUCUGAAACCGAUACAACUGUACAACUUUGUACUCCACAACAUGUCGCUGAACUAAUUCUCAACUUCUGA